AUGUUUAUAAUUAAUAUCUUAAUAUUAAUUAUUCCUAUCCUCCUAGCCGUAGCAUUCCUUACACUAGUAGAACGGAAAGUCCUAGGAUAUAUACAAUUUCGAAAAGGCCCAAACAUUGUAGGUCCCUAUGGCUUACUCCAACCUAUUGCAGAUGCUAUUAAACUUUUUAUUAAAGAACCAUUACGACCUGCCACAUCCUCAGUCUCAAUAUUCAUUUUAGCCCCCAUUUUAGCCCUAAGCCUAGCCCUAACUAUGUGAAUCCCCCUGCCCAUACCAUACCCCCUUAUCAAUAUAAACUUAGGGGUGUUAUUCAUAUUAGCAAUAUCAAGCCUAGCCGUAUACUCUAUUCUUUGGUCAGGCUGAGCUUCCAAUUCAAAAUAUGCACUAAUUGGAGCUCUUCGAGCAGUAGCACAAACAAUUUCAUAUGAAGUAACACUAGCAAUUAUUUUAUUAUCUGUUCUCAUAAUAAAUGGAUCCUACACACUCUCUACCCUAAUUAUUACACAAGAACAAGUAUGACUAAUCUUUCCAGCAUGACCCUUAGCAAUAAUAUGAUUUAUUUCAACACUAGCAGAAACAAAUCGAGCUCCAUUCGACCUCACCGAAGGUGAAUCAGAACUAGUCUCAGGCUUUAACGUAGAAUAUGCAGCAGGGCCAUUCGCCCUAUUCUUUAUAGCAGAGUACGCAAACAUUAUUAUAAUAAAUAUCUUUACAACAAUUCUAUUUCUAGGAGCAUUCCACAAUCCAAUCUUACCAGAACUCUACACAAUUAACUUUACUAUCAAAUCUUUACUAUUAACAAUUUCUUUCUUAUGAAUCCGAGCAUCAUACCCUCGAUUCCGUUAUGACCAGCUAAUACAUCUAUUAUGAAAAAAUUUUCUACCUUUAACACUAGCCCUAUGCAUAUGACACGUAUCACUACCCAUCUUUUUAUCAAGCAUCCCCCCACAAACAUA